AACCAGCUGCGAGUUGUUCUGUUGCUGUAAUGGUCGUAAUGAGACGACACACUUAAGAGGAAAUGUUGCCGGGUCUUAAACUGGCCCACAUUAACCUUGAUUUUGAUAAAUAUUCAGAACUCAUUGUAGUAGGUCUAGCUUUCUAGUCUUCUACUUUUGUCCAGUUUAGAGUAUAGUCAUCCAAUUUGGUUAUCUUUAAGUACACAACCCAGCAUGCAGUCUUCAGUCUAGCAGUCCAGUUCUUCAUUUAAAGCAGACUAAACUAGACCAGUUCUUAGUUUAGAGUAGACUAGACCAGUCUUGUAGGUUGGUCAAAAGCAGACUUCAUUGGGUUGUGUAUUUCCAAUUUAGUCAAGUCUAGCAGUAAAGUCCAAUUUCUACAACAGCAGACAAAAUGCACGUGGACGCGCACAGCAAAUGGGAGGGCGGACUCGGCGCUGCGUGCACGCGGAGGCGCGUUCGGGUGUCCCAUAAAACCACCCGAACUCCUCGCUCUCCUCUCAAUGCGACGGGACCGAACCUCAAAACGACUGCCGACCCACACAAGCGGACAUCUUGAAGGGACGCCCGGCAGUUGAUUUUUGCCCACGACGCACACUUCCCAAUAGCGAGGAGGAGCCCAUCGGCUCCCGAACCCGCGGCGAAAGCAGGAUGGCCUCUCGCAUCUCCCCAGACAAGCGCUUCCUCAUCUUCUUUGACUUUGACCUGACCAUCGUGGAUGAGGACAGCGACGACUCGGUGGUGCAGGCGGCGCCCAACCAGCAUCUGCCCACCUGGUUGAAGGACACGUACCAACCGGGCCACUAUAACGAGUACAUGCAACGGGUGCUGGCCUAUCUGGCUGAACAGGGCGUGACCGAGAGUGAACUCCGCAUGGUCAUGGAGAAGCUACCCUCCACCCCGGGGAUGAUGGCGCUCUUCCAAUUCCUGCGUAACCGCCCGCCGCACGACUUCGAGGUGGUCCUGGUGUCGGAUUCCAACACCUUCUUUAUCGAGUCCUGGCUGAGGCGAUCCGGCGCCCGGUCCGUCUUCCAUCGCAUCUUCUCCAACCCCGCCAACUUCAACAGAGACGGGCGACUGGUGCUGAGGCCCUUCCACUCCCACGAAUGCCCACGCUGCCCCGAGAACAUGUGCAAGCAGAAGGUGGUCCGGGAGUACGUCGUACGGCGGACCCAGGAGAGGGGCCGCCCAUACCAGAGAGUCUUCUACGUGGGCGAUGGUGCCAACGACUUCUGCCCGGCGCUCGCCAUGGGGCCCCGGGACGUGGCCUUCCCGCGACGAGACUUCCCCAUGCAUCGCCUCAUUACUGAAAUCCACGAGGCCAUGCCAGGGGAAUUCAAAGCAGUGACGGCGCCCUGGACCUCCGCUGAGGAGGUGGUCCAACGCCUUAGGAAGCUUGUGAACGAGUAAGGCCGUGAAUUGGGACAGAAAUUGUAAUCGAUUAGUUACACUGGGGGCAGAUACGGAAUCAGCACAAAAUGUCUCGAAAACAAAACUGAAAACUAAAAACCAUAGUCGUUGCAAAUAAUUGUUGGAGUGCACUACUCAUGUGCAAUCAGCAGAGGUGCUAUUGAGUUCGUUUUAAAUAGUUUGCCCUCCAAAGAAGAACAUAAAACCAGCUAUUCAAGUCAAAAAUGUUAACAAUGCAUCAAUAAUUUUCCCUAUUAAUUUAUCAAGGCAAUUUACCUAAAUGCCCGUCCUUAAUAAAUCGACAUUUACUUGACCAUUUUAGAGCACAUUAAUGAAAAACUGAGCAGAAAAUGAUAUAAAUGAAGACAAGAUAUAUAAUAUUUUUAAAUUAUUUGUCCCUGUAUCCUCCCAGAAGAGGUAAUCGGCCUACCAGAAACAACAUUGAAGGCAAUAAUAUUAUUGUUUUGGGUCAUUCAAGUCAUAUAUGUUUGUUUCGCUAUCAUGUCCUUGUAUUUUUGGCCUUCAUGGCGCAGGGGCACUCAAGAUCUGCCCCUCAACGAUCAAUACAAAGCUCUUAAAUGUGUGUAUCUUAUCUGAUAGCAAUACCUGUUAAAUGUUUGUCUUGUGUCUUGAGUUAAAGCAGUCGUCCUGCAGAAAUAUUCUUUUACCAAGGUGCUUCUUUUCAAAUAUUUUAUAUAUGUACUGUACGCGUUCUCAGUGUUUUGUGUCUUUUACUCUGUAGGCUAACGUCUACUUGAGAAACUUGUUACCAGCAGCAAUACGGAAAUAAAGCCAUCAACUAAAA